CCCUUGCGGCUGGAUGUGACAGUGAGAGACCGGGAGUGUCCGUGUGAUUAACAGGAACAAAACGAUGGCUACAGUUGCCACGUUUCGGAAUGUUUGCUCAUGGAACAGACAAUGUCUUCUAUUCUCACUGAGGUGGUCAGCCAAGUUGCUGCCAGAACCCCGAGUUGUCCUGUCAGUGUGUAUUCCCUCGUCCAACUGGGCAGGCAGCCAGCACCAUUCCUUGUCUCAAUGUGCCCAGAUCCACACGUCAGCCGCGACUUGCGCAGGGCACAACAAAUGGUCAAAGGUGAAGCAUGUCAAAGGGCCAAAGGAUGCUGAGAGGAGUCGGAUGUUUGCUAAGUUCUCGAUAAUGCUUCGUUUUGCAGUGAGAGAGGGAGGCCCAGACCCUGAGUUUAACACACAGCUGGCCAAUGUCAUUGAGCAGUGUCGAGCCAAGAACAUGCCCAAAGCAUCCAUUGAAGCUGCUAUCAAAGGGGCAAAGUCCAAGGCUUCAAUCUAUUCACUGUAUGAAGGGAGAGGCCCUGGUGGAUCAUCUCUGCUGAUUGAAGUUCUAACAGACAACAAUAGUCGGUCACAUCAAGAAAUAAAAAACAUCCUGAACAAAAAUGGGGGCUCUCUGUGUGAGGGUGCUCGCCACUGCUUUGAGAGAAAAGGAGUGGUGACGGUGAAUGGACUGGACAACGAUGGUCAGCAGAUUGAGUUGGAACGUGCUCUGGAACUGGCAAUUGAAGCAGGGGCUGAGGAUGUUAAACAGGCUGAGGAUGAAGAAGACAAGGUGAUCCUGAAGUUUGUUUCUGACAUACCAUCUCUACAAGAUGUAAGAGAGAGGUUGAAGGCACUGGGAUUGCUGACUAUUACUGCUGUGCCUGAGUUUAUUGCCACAACCACAGUCCAGCUAACAGACCGAGAUUUGGAGGCAGCGUUUAGCUUGAUUGAACUGAUCGAUGGAUAUCGGGAUGUUAUUAAAGUCUAUGAUAACAUAGAGUCACAAGGUUGACUGACAGCAAGAGAGAGAUUUCUGUACCUUAUUGGCUGCUGCAUCUAUGUUCAGGAAGUACAGUUGAAUAUUGAAUCGAGAUUGAAUAAGGACUAUGUCAAAGAUACUGAUAGUUAUGUCCUCUCUGCAUUGCCAAAUACAACUGUGACCCCCUCCACUCAGUAAAGGUUAUGUCAGUGCUUGCCAAUCAUGGAAUCCCUACUGUGUGGAAGCAGACCAUUCGGCCCAUCGAGGCCACACUGACCUUCUGAAGAGCAUCCCAUUCAGACUCACCCCCUGCCUUAUCCCUGUAACCUUGCAUUCCCAUGGCUAAUCCACCUAGUCUGCGCAUCUUUAGACUGUGGGAGGAAACCCACACAGACAUGGGGAGAACGUGCAGGCUCCAAGAGAUGGUUGUCCAAGUAUGGAAACGAACCUGGGUACCUGUCGCUGUGAGGCAGCCAUGCAUCCCUAUGUAACUCAUGGUGUUUUCUGAUCCUGCUUCAUUAUCACUGUCCCCAUGAGUGCAGAUGUUCAUUGGGUUACAGCUCCACACGCACUCGCCAUUAUUUGUCUACAACUUCAUGUCCGUGUUGGUAACCCAUUGCGUUGGAUGGCACAAUCUAGUCCAGUUCUUGAUUUUCAACAGGGACGGUGAACAGGAGGAGGGGUCAAUGGGCUACGACCUGGAUUCAGAAUCCUGACUGAUUUUUAUUGUUAUUUAACCUGUGAACGUUGAACAGUGAUCAAGAGCAAAAUCCCUGAUAAUCUUGCUUUUGUCCAAUAGCAGGGGAUGAUUAUGAAGUUAGUUUGCAUUUCGAAAAUGUCUGAAAACAUCUAAUACACUUUACAGAGGUUUUUUAAAUUUUGAAUUGUUGUCUUUGUUGAAAUGUGGACAAAUGGCAAAUAUUUUGAGGAGAUAUGAACAGAGAGGGGUAUUUGGGCAGUGACAACUGGCGGUCUCCUCAGGCCUAGAACCUUUAAUACUCGCCUGAACAGGUAGUCUUGAUUUAUCUCCCAUUCAAAAUACAUUUGCACUCAUUCAGUGUUGCAUUCAGGUCCCUGUCUAGAUUGUGUUUACGUCAUGGACUGGUGAUUGAACCCGCAUUCUUCUGAGAGUACUCCUAGCUAAGCAAAGACUGACCAUUACAUGUUGCUGUUCAACUUGGUCAUCUCCAGGCUAGGAGGGCUGAGAGGAAAUCAAUCAAGCUUUCUAUUGCUGUAACACUUCCCUGUGUUGUUCACCUGAGGAUGGGCUUGGACCUGACUCUGAUGUCCUGUAUGGUAAAUUACCAUGCCAGCCUUGACUGCUCGAGAAAUAAAGUAGACCAGUUGAGUAGGACAGAUUUUGCAACUUGAACCUUUAGGAGAGUUGGUGAAAGUAAGCCUGAAUAAUAGCAACAUUUUGCAAUAAUUUGUUCAGAAAUCUAAGCCCUGAUAUUUUGUGUUGUAGUUCGUGCCAUUGAUAAAUUAUAUGCUGAUGCUGGUAUGGAGGGUGGCAACUGCCUAGGAGCCCAUGGCAGUAAACAUGACUGGGUUAACGUGGAUGACUGGGUUAACGUGGAUGAUUGGGUUAAUGUAGAGGACUCAAGGGAUACAUGAUAGCAAGUGCAGUCAGGCCUGUGAGAGAGAGAGAGAGAAAAUAAGUAAAUACUCUGUAAAGAAAACGUCUGUCUAUUAUAGUAAGGACAGAUGACUGUAAGAAUACUGUAUAAAAAGCCAUGUCUACUCACAGUAAAUUUAACUUGAGCUUGAAGAUGUACUAAGAAUUGCUUUCAAUAAAGACAACUUUUAAGA